AAAAUGAUGGCUUCAAGGUGGUAAGCAAACCUUCGACGAUGACGAAUGACAUCACCAACGACCGCACUUGCAUCAUAAGUCAAAAACUUGGAGCAAUCGGUAAUUUCGUUCCUACUUUUAUUCUUGUGUACGAUUCAUAUUUUGAUGAGUAUGUUAUGAAUCUUGAGCAACAAAUGCAAACUUUCCAAAUGGAUUACCUAUAUAAAGUUCUCAAGGGAUGCACAUACUACACUAAUGAGGUUGUUUUUCUAGAUCUUGUUAAUUGUUCGCAAGUACUACAUUUUGAUGAAAGGGUCAAAGAAGUGCAAGAAGAGGCAACUACGUGCAUUUUCCAAGAUCAAAUUCUGCAUGUCAAGAGUAUUCAUUACCAUCAACUCAAUGGGCACCCAAGAAGCAUGAUCACUUUAAUGCCCAUGGAACCAAAGAAGGACGCACCAUUCGAACGAGGAAAGUAUACAAAUGUGGAGAACUUGAUCCGUCCUUACGACACCACCAACACUCGAACACACAUUUGGGUCAUGUUCCUUACUCCAAGAGCCUUACGCGAUUGCAGAUCUUGUACAUGGUCGAAAAGAAGAUUAAGGCAAUUCAAACAAUGACCAUCGAAAGCCUCAUCCGAGCACACGAAGUCAAAUACUUUUAUCAUAGAUGCAUGGAUGAUUCAAGGAUUAGAACCGCUAUAAACCCAAAAACAAUCAAGCAAUACGAGCCAUUCGAUCGAGGAAGAACACGAGAAGAAGAGCAAUAUGAUGUCGAGCACAUCCGCCGAAACCAAGGUACGUAUAAGGUGUCCUCUAUGUUUAAGGUGGCUGAUACAUUUCCUUUUGUUGCAGAAAAUAGAAUUUCGAGGGCGAAAUCUUCGCAAGGGGGAGGGAAUGAUGAGGACAUCGGAGCUAGCAACUUGGACGAGGACGGGAGCUUAACGGAAGGAGCU